UAGAAGAAGAAGAAGAACAACAAAACAGCAACCAUGAAGCCGUUCGGUUGGAGUGCGAGUUUGGUGGUGGUCCUGUGCCUUGGGGCUGCCCUGGCCGCUCCCAGCACCCGGGUCAAGCGGGAGGACUCGGAGAUCAGUGCCGAAGUGGUGAACCCAGUUGGGUCCGAGGACGCCUCGCUCAGCAACGACCUUGACCGUGACAAGCGGAAAAUUCCAUCGGACCCCAAGUUCGAGGCCAAGAACGCCAUCCUCGGAUUCGUGUUUGGAAAAAUCAACUCCAUAAUCGAUGCCAAAACGCGCUUCGUGGACAAACUGGACCACGCCAACAUCGAAAAGAACAAGCAGUACCACAUCGAGUCGCCGAAGCCGAUCACCAGCUUCCAGACGUUGGUGUCGUCGGUCAUCACGCCGAAGGUGCAGUUCUUCACUUCCAAGCUCGGAUCGUUCAGCGGAGGACUGCUGGGUGGAUCUUCGGGCGGUAGCAACGGACAUAGCAACGACGAUUCGGACCACGGCAACGGCGGCCAAGCUGCACCAGGAUUGGGAGGCGUUUUGUCGUCGCUGUUGAAACUUUCCGGACCCAUCCUGUCCGGAUCGUCCGGCUCGAACGGGGGAUCCAACUCGGUCUCGCUGGGCGAUCAUGACGAUGACGAUGAGUAGAUCCAAGGCAAUGAUGGUCAGGAUGCGGAGGAAGGGGGACUCGCGUUUGAAGUGCCGUACCAAUUGAAGACAUUUAUUUUUUUGAGGUUAUGAAAAGGGAUUCGUGAAGGGGAUUGGGGUGGUGUGCGGUGCAGUGUUCUGGAAUUGAAGCAAUUUUCAUUCGAAUUGAAAGCGGAAAGUUGUUCAGCGAUGAUAAUUUCCCAACAUGCUACAGGGUUUUCAAAACUCAAUAUCCCAUAAGGAUCCAAUUGACUUCCGCAUAAUUGUUUGUUACAGUUAAACUUUCUUAGAUUGAACUUUCCCCAUACUCCUCCGACAAGUUCGAUUCCAAAGCGGUGCACCCAUGAACCGUCCCAUCCUCGGCAGGUCAAAUCGAUUGGCUUGUGUCAAAAUGCUUUUAA